UCUCAUUACUUGGUGCUUUUUGUGACUCUGUAUCAGAGGUUACCAGGGUAUGAUAAUAGCCUCCCUCCUCUGCUGCGUCCUGUGUUCUUCUUGUUCUUUGCGGGGCCAAGCGUAGCGAGCUUGGCUUGGCGCUCCAUCUGUGGCGAGUUUGAUACCGCUUCCAAGAUGCUGUUCUUCUUCCUCUUUCCUUCUUCCUUUCUUUUCAUGCCCCUGGUUUCAAGGCCUCUGCUAUUUAAGAAGUCCAUGAAGAAAUUCAAUGUGGCAUGGUGGGCUUAUUCUUUUCCUCUGACGGCUUUGGCACUUGCUUCAGCAGAGUAUGCACAUCAAGUUAAGGGAAUGAUCACUGCUCAUGCUGUUAUGUUGGUCUUAUCUUUGGUCUUAUCUUUAAUCUCAGUUGUGGUGUCUGUGGUAUUGAUGAUUGUCACUGCUUUGAACACUAGCAUGUCCUUACCAGCUAACAACUUCGACUCAAAUUAGAAAAGCAAUUGCACAGCAACGUGAUUAAUAUUAAUGUGUGUGGAUACCAACUUAAUAUCACGCGAAUGGACUUUUUAUCGUAAUUUAUAAAAAUAGUUCAUUCCCUUUCUAAGUUUGAAGUGAGGUAACCAAACACACUCUUAGUUAUUAAUGGGAAUGGGAAUGGGAAUAGGAAUGAUCAGCAUUUGUAAUUGUAAAUCAUAUAUAAAAUGUCUUUACAAUUUGAU